UCACAAGCAAGAAGCUAGCAAUAGAAAAUAUUAUUGUAGCUAAUAGCAAUGGACUAUGUUUCAAUGCUUCUUCUAUUGUCUUUUGUGUUGGUAACUAUUCAUAUCCUAAUCUCAAACUUAGCCAAAAAAAAAUCACCCAAACUUCCACCAGGGCCUAACCCUUUUCCAAUCAUAGGAAACAUCUUAGAUUUUGGUAAUCAACCUCACCAAGCACUUGCUAAGCUUUCUCGAACCUAUGGACCCAUAAUGACUAUGAAGCUUGGUAACAUAACCACCAUAGUUAUUUCAUCUCCACAAUUAGCCAAAGAAGUGCUCCAUAAACAUGACCAAAUCUUCUCCAAUAGGACUAUCCCUGAUUCUGCUACAGCACAUGACCACCACAAAUUUUCAAUUGUAUGGUUGCCACCAACAACUCAAUGGAGGAGUCUUAGGAAAGUUUGCGCAACCAAAGUGUUCUCAACACAAAAUCUAGACUCGGCACAGGUUCUUGCUCUUCGUCGAAACAAGGUUCGUGAAUUACUGGAUUUUGUGAAGGAAAAAAGUGAAAAGGGAGAAACUUUAGAUAUUGGUGAUGUUUGUUUUACGACCGUGCUUAAUUCUAUAUCAAACACUUUUUUCUCUAUGGAUUUGGCUCAUUACACUUCUAAGAAGUCACAAGAGUUCAAGGAUGUUAUUUGGGGUGUGAUGGAAGAGGUUGGAAGACCUAAUGUUGUUGACUUCUUUCCAAUGUUUCGGUUGCUUGAUCCGCAAGGUGCGCGCACAAGACAGAAAGUUUACUUUGGGAAGCUACUUAAUUUUUUUGAUGGUCUUGUAGAAGAAAGAUUGCAAUCAAGAAGUUUGAGAGUGGGGUCUAAGGAUUGUAAAGAUGUGUUAGAUUCUGUGGUGGAUCUCAUUUUGGAAGGCAAUUCAGAAGUUACCAGAUCUCAUGUGCCACAUUUAUUUCUGGAUUUAUUUGUGGCUGGAAUAGACACAACAUCAAGCACAAUAGAGUGGGCAAUGACCGAACUAGUCCAUAACUCUAAAAAACUAGUGAAAGUUAGAGAAGAACUUGAACAAGUCCUUGGCAAAGGUGAACAACAACUUGAAGAAUCACAUAUUUCAAAGCUUCCUUUCCUAAGAGCAAUUGUUAAGGAAACUUUACGCUUGCAUCCACCUGCCCCAUUUUUAGUGCCUCAUAGGCCAGAAGAUGAUGUUGAACUAUGUGGCUACAUGGUGCCUAAAAAUGCACAAAUCCUAACAAAUGUAUGGGCUAUGGGGAGAGAUUCAAGUGUUUGGACAAACCCAAAUGAAUUCAUGCCUGAAAGAUUCUUGGAAAGUGAAAUUGACUUUAAGGGACAAAACUUUGAGCUAAUUCCCUUUGGAGCUGGAAGAAGAAUUUGUCCUGGAUUACCAUUAGGGUUUAGGAGUAUACACUUUGUGUUAGCUUCUCUUUUAUUUGAAUAUGAUUGGAAGCUUCCAAAUAAUGUAGAGCCAGAAGAGAUGGAUAUGUCUGAGAAAUAUGGAUUAACCUUGCACAAGGCACAACCUCUUCAAGUUAUUCCUGUUUCCAUGCAUAACAAUAGCAAGUGAUAUAUGUAAAUUUAAUUCGGACCAUAAAUAAAAUAAAGUUGUGAAAGUUAGACCCAACAAUAUUAAUGGUUGAGAAGUUUGUUAUAGUUAACCGGUUUAUAGUUGCCUAUGUUGUUUUAUCUUUAUAUUUUAGGCUUUUAGCUUUGUUACUGUGUGAAUCUGGAUGCUUCGAGGUAUAGCUUGUUCUGUUGGAGCUCAGACCAGCUUUUUUUGGAGCGGAAGGAUGUAACGUCUACUUGCUGAGGAGGCGGCGUUGGACACCUGCAAAGGAAUUCCAACACUCAAGUAAGUAAGAAUGUGAAGUAAUUCAGGGUAAAACUGAAUGUAUUGCGUAUCUCUAGCUUAGUAGUUUACUAGUAUGUAUAUUGAGUUGUUGUGAGGUUUGUUAUUCUUAUCUCUGUUGCUAUUUUUACGGAAUCUUCUGUUAGUGCUUUGACAGUUGUGUAGAGAGAUUUGCGGAAAGAUUUCUGUACCGAUUUGGAUUGACACGUGGUUAUUUGAUUUUAUCGGAUAAGUCGGUUAGGAGAGUAAAACACGUACUUCACGU